UGAGACAGAUCCGAGUUGGAAACUGCCGGAGAAUGGCAGCAUGACGCACUUUUGCGGGAGAUGCGAAGGCUAGCUCCGGGCACUAGAGGACAUGCCCGGCCGCAACCGGUCGCACGACGCUGUGCAGGAACGGCAGUCUCUGUGGCAUUUGCGCUGCAGGGUGGAGCAAUGCCGGAGAGAGGCCAAGCUGGCAACCAAAGCGUUGGAGCAGCAGCAGCGGGAGGCAAGACGAAUGAAGGCCCGCGUGGAGCACGAGUCCCAAUACGCCGUACAGCUGGAGACGAAGGCGGCUGAGCUGGUCGCCAGCAGCCCUGCGGUGCAGCUGCGCUUGGAGACGGAAGGAGAAAUCGAAUGCCUCCAGGACGGAAAGGCGGAGCUGCUCGGUGAGAUCCGCAGCUGGCGUGAAGAAGAAGAGGAGCUGCGCAGCAACAUCCAGCAGCUCCACUUCGCCUGCGAAGAUUGGGCUGACAGUCGUGGCCUGCCACUGGCUUUGGUCCUGCAGCUGGGCCGUGCGAGAUUUGGGCUGCAGGAAGGCCUUUUGGACCUCGCGCGGAGAAACGAGAUGAUGGCUUGUGCCUCUGAGGAGCACGACGCCUUGCUUUUGUCAUUGCACUCUGCGCGGCAAGAGCACCGGGUGCAAGUGGCGCAGCUCGGCACCUCCCAGUCCGCGCUGCUGGCGGCCCGCGCCACCGCCGCCGGCGAGAGGGCGGCGGUGCGGAACCAGACGGAGGAACGGCGACUACUGGAAGCCGAGCAUGAGCAGUUUGAGGUCGAGCUGCACCAGGAGACGGACGAAAUGAGGCUGUGUCGCUCGGGCCUUGAGGCGCUUCAGCGGUCCGAGAGCGCCUGGUCCCAGGAGGCGAGCACCGAGGCCUGGCUGGCCGAAUCCGUGGCCAUGGCGCGGCAGCGCAGCGACCGACGGCUGGCAGAGCUGAAUCGGGAGAUCAGCCAGGCGGGUGCGCAGAGCCGGCGCCUGGCGGCGGCGGAGUGCCAGACCGCCGCCCUGGAGGCAGCUUCCUUGCGGCAGCUGCGCCUGGAAGCGAACGAACUGGAAUGCGAAGCCGACGCCGCGCAGGCGACAAAGCAGAACCUGCGACGACGGGGGCAGAGCUGCCAGUCACUGGGCACGAGGCACGAGUCCUUGAUGGCCAUCCAGAACGAGAAGGAACAAAAACUGGUGCAGUGUUAUUCCCGGACCUGGGAGGAGUCCCACCGGGUGCGGCGCAGCAUCCAGCAGGAGCGUCAGCUGGCGGAGGCAGCUCAGUCCAGAGAGCAGGAGGCCUUCCUGGAGAGUGAGGCGGCUGACGCCGAACUUCGCAGGGCCCGCACACGCUGCGAGGUGGCGGUUGCCGGGCUGACACAAGGCCGCGAGGUGCUUGCAGCCAAAGGUCAGCAGCUGCAAGAGCAGCUGGUGGAGAGGACCGCAAAACAGGCCGAGCUCAGCCGGCGGAUCGCUGAAGACACGGCCAGGCACCAGGAGCUGCGCUUAGCCACUGACGAGCUGCAGCAGCAGCUGCUGGCCGUGUCGCGCCGCAACAGGACUCUCCGCGGCUUGCUGCCAGCGGGUUGAUCCAAAAGCGGGCACUGG